AUGGCCGCCGAUCUCUCAAAAUCCAAUUCCAAUUCAAAACCUCUCCACAUAGUCAUCUUCCCAUGGCUCGCCAUCGGCCAUCUCCGCCCAUUCCUCAACCUCUCCGUCUCCCUCGCCGGCCGCGGCCACCUCAUCUCCUUCAUCUCAACUCCGGCCAAUCUCCGGCGAUCCGUCCACAUCCCGCCGCGCUUCUCCCGCCGCAUCCGUCUCAUCGAUUUUCCACUCCCGCCCGUCGACCACUUGCCGCCCGGCGCCGAGUCCUCCAUGGACGUGCCACAUGUCAAGCAGCAGCUCCUCAAAGUCGCCCUCGAUCGACUCCGGCCGGAGAUUCGGUCGUUCCUCAACGAGGCGCAGCCGAAACCCGACUGGAUCGUCUACGACUACGCGUCGCAUUGGCUGCCAGAGAUGGCGAAGGAGCUCGGAAUUUCGACGGCGUAUUUUAGUCUCUUCACCGCCGCGUUCAUGGCGUUUCUCGGCCCGCCGUCGGUUUUGAUGACCCGGGAGCGGACGACGGCGGAGGAUUUCACGGUGCUCCCCGAGUGGAUCCCGUUCCCUUCCGGGAUGGUUUUCCGGCUGCACGAGAUGUCGAAGAAUAUCGAGAAAGAUGCCGACGGCAACGACUACAGCUCGGGGACGUCCGACUCGCUUCGCUUCGGCCUAUCGAUCGACGGAAGCGACAUCGUGAUUAUCCGAUCAUACGAGGAGUUCGAGCCGGAGUGGUUCCAUCUCCUCAACAAACUCUACCAGAAACCCGUAAUCCCGAUCGGUGCUCUACCGAUGGAAGACAACGACGACGAUAACAACGGAAGCGACGAAGAUUGGCAAGAAAUCAAGCAAUGGCUCGACGAGCACAAACCCAGCUCGGUAGUGUACGUCGCGCUCGGAACCGAAGCCGUACUUUCGUUGGAGGAAGUUCGGGAGCUUGCCCACGGCUUGGAGCAGUGCGGGUUGCCGUUCUUCUGGGUGAUCAAUCGGGACCAUCUCGUGAACCUGCUGCCGGAAGGGUUCGUCGAUAGAGCGGCGGGAAGGGGAAUCGUGCGCGCGAAAUGGGCACCACAGAUCAAGAUACUCGAGCAUCCGACGAUCGGGGGGUUCGUGACUCACUGUGGAUGGAACUCGGCGACGGAGGCGCUAAGGUUCGGGAGAGCAUUGAUAUUGUUACCGUUGAUGAACGAUCAGGGGCUGAACGCGAGGCUUUUGGCCGAGAAGGGUGUCGGGAUUGAGAUUCCGAGGGAUGGUCAGGAUGGAGCCUUCACGAGGGACGGGGUGAGCGCCACGGUGAGGUUAGCGAUGGCCUGCGACGAGGGCCGGACGGUUCGGGACAACGCCAGGAAGAUGAAGGAUCUGUUUGGAGAUCAGAAAAGAACAGAGAAGUAUAUCAGUAAAUUGAUAAAGCAAAUGGUAGAGAAAGAGUAGGGUAGUUUUCAUGGUUAAUAUUUUACUCUGAAUUCGUAGUUUUCGAUCCUGUUCGAGUUUCGAAUGAAUAAAACCGAAUGAGAAACGGGACAGUUUCGAGAAAAUAAGAUAGAGAAAAUACAACGACUUACUUGAUUUGUACGACACU